UUAAAUGAAAACAGUCAUAAAUUUCGUUGGCUUUCUUUCUUGAAGUCCUGCCGAAGCAUUUGUUAGAGUGGUUGCUGUCUAAAAGAUUUUUAUCUGCCAAACUCUGAGUGUCUGGUCGAGUAUGCCAACUGCAUUUCUACUGUGCCUUGUCAGCUCUUUCUGCCCCAGCAACUUGUCCGGCCUGCACUUGUAUAAAGCUCGUGUGCCUUUGGUAGCAAGUCCCCUUCUUCCCCUCUACCGGUUUUUACUUGACCAUGACACAAGGCCUGUAUUCUGCUGCUGCCGCUCCUGGUUGGUGUUUGAAGUAGAAGCCAAGACAAAGCCCGGGAACCAUGUCUACUUCAACACCCUUUGCAAUGGGUUCCCAUCACUGAUCUCAUCCUCACCUGCAGUGGCAGCACCCUCACUCAUGGUCGUCAUGGAGGCAACCGCUGCGAGCCGCGCCGAGGUCGACACCUCCCGGCCGUUCUGGUCGGUCCGGCAGGCCGUCGAGGUCUUCGGAGAGAGGUACGCCGGUGGUGGCAACGGCGGCAGCUCCAAUGCGAGCAGCGAGUCCAGCGUCAAGCUCAGCGCGCCUCCGGCAGCCUCGUCGUCCAUGGUGCUGGAGCUGGACUGCCUGAAGAAGCUGGAGGAAGACCUGGCGGAGGCCAAGGGCGAGCUGGUGGAGCUGAGGCAGAGGCAGGCCCAGAUGGAGGUGGCCAUGUCCAGCCUGAGCGCGCAGUUCAGCAGGGGCCUGGCCGUCUUCUCCAGCCUCGGCAAGGGGAAGGAGGUGGCCGUCGUCGGCGCGGCGGCGGCGGCCGUCGGAGAAGAUGAGUACAGCGGCCACGGCCGGGUCCGCAGCGAUCGGUGGGACGAGAGCCGGGCCGAGGAGUGGAUGGCGAGCCUCGAGUACCUGCCGAGCCUGUCGGAGGCGCUGGCCAUCAAGAUGAUCGAGGACGACCUGGGGGGAGACGGGAAGGGGAGGAAGGCCAAGAACGCCAAGAACAAGGCCGCCAGAAAGAAGCACAAGAAGCAGAGGAGUGGGAUCUCACUGGUCGGGGGCAUGUUCUGCUCCAAGAAAGCCAAGUCCAGGUGAUCUAAAAAGCCAGGCCGGGACAACACAUACUUAUACCAGAGAUGUUUCUUUUUAUAUUUGUGUUGACAGCAACUUUUUUUUUCCUACCUUAACUUCUGCUGAAGAAUACAGUCUGCCUCAUAAGCUGCACUGCGCAGCAGUUGCCGAUCUGGAACAUGGGGAAUUUCGCAAGGAUUUUAUGGUAGCAAUGCUGCAUGGAGCGAUUUGUUUGGCUCCUGAAAUCCUGCGAAACUCCUGGUUGUUCUUGAUGGGGAGCUAGGAGUUCUGUUUUUUUGAAGAAAGUAAGCCUCAUGGAGUUUUGAAGUUGAUGAUGCCUUGUAAUACCAAAUUGAUGUUUGUGCUUAGUAGUUGGUAGGAGAGGUAUGUCCUCCAGCCAAACUAUCUAACGAGCCGCGUAUAGAGUCGGCGAGAUAAACUAUCGCUACUUGUAUUUCAGACAGUAAGAAUGACCCGACACGAAUGAUGUGUCAUGCAGUAGUGAACAUACAAAAUUUGGUUGA